AUGGACGACAACGACGAACUCGAGUCGUUCCGCCAACAGUGGCGCGAGGAGGUCACUCGUCGAUCAAAACCCAAGGCUACCGCUCCUACUCCUACGACUCCAGCUGCGACUGCCCCGCCACCCGCUCGUCUUCCGCCCACACGCCAUGAGGCCUCUCACCGCAAAGCGAUCGAAGAGGAGGGUCCCCCGUUGGCUUCCUUUGACCCCGAUGAGAUCGCCCAACAAGUUGGCCAGCUGAGCGUGGAACCACUCGAAGAUGACUUCUCACGCCGAGAGGUAGCAGAACCAACGUCUGCGUUGGAGCACUUUGAACGAGCGGUCGAGAAGGAGGCCGAAGGCAACCUGGGUGACAGUCUUUCACAUUACCGAAAGGCGUAUAGGCUAGAUUCGUCUGUCGAUAAGUCUUACCGGAAUAAGCACUAUGCCCAUGUAUGGAAGAGGCCAAAUCAGCCCGCACCCACCACCCAUGCCGCUGUGACCCAACAGACCGAAGAGAGCCCGACUCUCCCGACACCUGAGCUCAUUGCGUCGUUUGCGCACGUGCCAAUAUCACCGGUAGAGCCCAUCGUCGAAAACACACCACCGCCCCCUUGCCCAAUUGCCACCGUGCCAUCGGAAGUGCUAGUUGAGAUUCUGCGACAUGUGGCAAUGGAUGACCCAUCAGCCUUCGGUCGGACGGCAUUGACGCAUCUGUCAAAGCCGGGAAUUUGGCUUCCAGGAAUGCAUUAUGACUUUGCGUGCGACCUGCAUGGCGAACCGAUCUAUACCCUUGCUCCGCGAUACACUCCGUUUCCCAAGGACGGGCCUGUGGAGAUCCCUCCGCCGCUGUCUUCGUGGAGCCAAGUGUUCCAGACCCUCCCUCGGAUUCGUUUCACGGGCAUCUACAUCAGCACGGUCAACUACACUCGGGCUGGUGCUGCAUCUGCGUACUCCAAUUUGUCGUGGAACAAUGGCUCGGUAAUCUCGCUGCUCACUUCAACGGAGCCAGUCGAUGUGGUUCCUCACAUCAGCAAGGAAAAUGUGAUGGCGGCGCGCACCCCAGCACACCGGAAGCAUCAACGGCGUGCUUCUGAUGCGGGUCAUACACUCUCUGGCGCAACUGAUUCCGUGCCACCUCUCGCCAUGAAUACAUUGAAGCAUGGCCUUCGGGGUCGGUGGCGUUUGGCUUCACCCGUUGACAUAUCUGAAAUUUCAGAAGCCCCCGCCGAAAUCUGGAAGCCCGGCUCAGCGUCCGACCAGAAAUCGCUGCUUUCGGAUGAGCGAGAUCUCCUCAUUGAAACAGAGGGUGUAGAUCCCAAGUAUGUUUACACGAUGCAUCUAUCGCUACGUUCAUCGACCGUACCGAAAUCUUCUCAAGUUGGACCGGCUCCUCCCAACCCAUCCAAGAACACCAAGCUAGCGUGGAAGGGUUUCUGGAGUUACAACAGACUCACGGACGACUGGGGCGAGUUCGGCCUUCGCAAUGACCGGGCAUAUGUGUUCCGACGCGUACGCGGCUGGGGCCUGGAUUGA